GGACCCUGGAAACUCGUGAAGCCGAGACCAGCAUCUCCUGCCAUGUCCUGGUUGUUCUGGAAUGGCCACAACGCCACGUCGGUCUUUCGGCGCAUGACAGCCUCUCGGCAUGUGAACAAUCCGGGAAAUUGAUAUUUAGAUGAACCGCACGAGUCGCUCUUUUGUUGCUCGGUUCGAAGGCAAGUUUGCAUUGAUACCUUUGCGCAAUCGUCAUCCAUCCCAUUCAGCAGCAGUUCUUUGUUUUCUAGCUUCCUGAAUUAUCAUUCAUCGACCAUGGCGCCGAAAAAGUCGACAAACUGCUAUGUGUUGGGGGUGGGGAUGACGAAGUUCAUCAAGCCGCGGGGUGAGGUCGAGUAUACCGAGAUGGCGCUGGAGGCAGGUGUGAAGGCCAUGCUUGAUGCGGGCAUCAACUACGACGAGGUCGAGCAAGGCGUUGCCUGUUACGUGUACGGCGAUUCGACCUGCGGUCAACGGGUGUUCUACCAAUUCGGCAUGACCAAGAUCCCGAUCUACAACGUCAACAACAACUGCUCGACCGGCAGCACCGGCCUUUACAUGGGACGAUCGUUCGUGACCUCCGGCGCAUCGGACUGCGUCCUCGUCGUCGGCUUUGAGAAGAUGGCCCCCGGGUCGCUGUCGAGCAAGUGGGACGAUCGCGAGAGCCCCAUGCAGGGAUCCGUCAUGAUGAUGAUGGAAACCCGGGGGUUCGAGACCGGGCCGCCGACGUGCCAGCUGUUCGGGAAUGCGGGUCGAGAGCACAUGGAGAAGUACGGCAGCACGGCGGACGAUUAUGCCGAGAUUGCCCGGGUCAACCAUGAGCAUAGCACACGGAAUCCGUACGCGCAGUUCCGGAAGGAAUAUACCUUGGAGGAGGUGAAGAGCAGUGGGAUGAUGCAUGAUCCCCUUACAAAAUUGCAGUGUUGCCCGACUUCGGAUGGUGCUGGAGCGGCCGUUUUGGUGUCCGAGGAAUUCCUCAACCAACGACCCCAUUUGAGGUCUCACGCCGUCCUGAUCGCCGGCCAAUGCCUUGCGACCGACGAACCUUCCCUCUACAACCGAAGCGCCAUCGACCUCAUGGGAUACGGAAUGGUCGAUUAUGCCGCCAAGACCGCAUUCGCGGAGGCCAAUGCGAGCCCGAAGGACGUCACCGUCUGCGAACUCCACGACUGCUUCAGCGCGAACGAGAUGAUCUCCUUGGAAGCAUUGGGUCUGGCUGAGAAGGGUAAGGCCCACGAGAUGGUCCGCAAGGGAGACAUCACAUACGGCGGACGGGUCGUGGUGAACCCAUCCGGAGGCUUGAUUUCGAAGGGUCAUCCGCUCGGCGCAACGGGCCUGGCGCAAUGCACAGAGCUCGUCUGGCAGCUGCGAGGUUGGGCGGGAGAUCGUCUCGUGCCUGAUACCACUACUGCUCUGCAGCAUAACAUCGGAUUGGGUGGAGCAGUCGUCGUGACUGUAUACAAACGAUCUGAUGGAAAGGCCUGCGUUAAGGUUAGCGAUGAAGAGGCUGCAAAGGCGUCGGGUCUCGGUUAUAAUCCCGCUGUCCAGGCAAAGGGAUUCACCAAAGAGCAGUUCGAGAAGGUCAGGAGUAAGCACUUCAGUGACUGGGCGCUUGGUGAGACGUUAGAUAAGAUCACAGCUCGUCUUUAAGGGCGGUCAUGUAUUUGUCGGAUGUACUAUUUGAAUGUUAGAAGCAUUUUUUGGUUGCAACCCGUUGUUGGUCUCUGUCCUGCAUCAUGGCAUCGAUACCCCGUUUUCUAAUGCUUGGCCGCUCUUGUCACGACUGCUCUUCAUUCCGUUUAUACACCUGUGUCAGCAACAGUACUAUCUAAAUGCCUCCUGUAGGUACACUUUCAGUGUGACAGGAAUCUCACUUCGUGCAAUCCCUAAAGAGAAAGAUCCUAAAACUUCUAUAUAUAUUCAUCAACCUGGCCGCCCCUUUCUUUUUUUUUUUAAGUGUCUUUGGAGAGACCCUCAUUUUCCACCGAACGCCGCUUCAUCAUAAGUUAGGUCGAUUUCUAAAGUUUCCAUGCCUUCCG